CGUGAUGAAUAAUUAAAUGAAAAAUUAAUUAUAACCCCUUUUAUAUGCUAAUAUUAGUAUUUACUGAAAUAGAUUUUUUAAUUAGUAGUAGUAGAUACUAGAUACUCUAAUAAACCCCUGUGUUAUAUUAUACUGUUAGAUGCUUAUUGUGAUGAGCAGUGACUUGUUUUCAAGUCAUUCAAAUAAACAAAAAUCCAAGUUCAUAAUUUUCGUCAAGCUCUAUAAAUUUAAUUAAAAACUAAUUUAGUUUUCAAGUAUUGCAGUCAGUGGCUUCCCUAAAGUGCUCAAUAAGUUUUAAAUAUAGAGAAGUAAGUACUUCAAAGCUAAAUUUUGUUAAUACCACAUAUCACAAUGGAUUCCAAGAGUGAAACUGUUAAAUUAUCUGCUGAAGAACUUAAAAAUAAGGGUAAUGAAUGUGUUAAAAAUGAGAAAUACAUAGAAGCUGUCCUACAUUACACGCAAGCAAUAAAAAUGGAUCCUAAUAACUAUGUGUUAUACAGUAACAGAUCAUUUGCUUUUCUCAAAUUGGAUCAACAUUAUCUGUCUUUACAAGAUGCUAAUGAAACCAUAAAACUACAACCACACUGGGCAAAGGGUUACUUUCGUCGGGCUGAAGUUGAAGCUGCUAGUGGAUUGUAUGAUGAGGCUAUUAUAUCCUACACAAGAGCCUUACAGCUUGAACCUCAUAAUACUAAGUUAAUGGAGUUUAUAAGAGAUGUUACUGAAGUACAGAAAAAUAAAUUAAAGGGUAAUCAAAAUGUGAUCUGGAUCUGUACAAUUGUGGGACUUAUUAUAGGUAUUGGAGUAGUCAUAUUGGAUUACACAUUGACUGCAAAUCCAACAUUAACAAAUCCUUUAAGUAUGGUAGCCUUUUCAAUAGCUCUUUCUGGAAUAGGAUUUGCAAUAGGAAAGACAUCAACACUUAUGACUGCUUGGAGUGCAGGAAAAUCUUUGCAGCCACCACCAGAUUUAGCUACAAAUGAACAAUCUGAAAAAGAAAAUGUACUACCAGAAAAGAAAAAAUAUAGCAAGGCACAGGCUAGGCAUAGGUUUAAACAGGGGAAACAACUUUAGUUAACAUAGUUAUAGCAAUGUUGAAAAUCCCUCAACAAUUGUGUUCUGCUGGUGUACUGUUUAGUUACCUAUAUACAAUUUAUACUAUAUUAUAUAUCCCAUUUUCAUAACAGCCAAGAAAAUAUUGUUUCCAAUUAAUACUAUUUUGUCCAUUUACAGAUUAUACAAAUUCUUAAAAAUAUAAAUAAACUAUAUUUGUUUAGUUAUUGUUGUGAGGGUUUUAAUUUAAAAACUUGCUCUUGAAUGUUUCAGUUUCUAAAAAUGUUUUAUUAUAGAUGUUUAAUUGUUUUUUUUAAUGGUUCAAAACCUAUUUUUUAUUUUAAUCUUAUUUGUUAAUUUAUGGGAAGAAAUGGAAAACUUUAUGUAUAUCAAAAUGUAAUUCAAUAAAAAACAUCCACUUAUAUG